AGGACUCAGCUAAGUUUAUUAUAUUCUCCCCGGAGGAGGGAAAACACAAAACAAGGCACAAAGGCAGAAGGUGCAGAUGUAGCACAAAGAUAAGUUAAAAUUCCGCACGCAGGUAACAAGGAGGGUAUAUCUCUGCCAGAGGUACUGGAAGGUUUCAAAGGCAGAAAAAAAUGUGUUCUGGACACCUGGGCACAGAAUUGGAGGCAUGACAGGAACACAGGGAGGUCCAUCUAAGUUGCCUAUUCACCUAGGUGAUCUCUCAUUCAUUUCCUUAAUUGUCCUUUUAAAAAUAUGGGGAAUUUCACGCAAGGAAAGGGUCCUCUUCUCGCCCCAGCGGGCAAGGGGGGUUCCUCCGGCGCAAGUUCCUGCCCCAGCUGCCCCCACGUCCCACAGGUCUCCUGCCUUUUGGCACGCACACUCCUGACCACUCGCUGCUUCCGCAUCCCUACUCUGAUCCUCUCUCCAUGCAUCUCUGCCUCCUUAGACAAUUGAGAAUUUUAUUGUCUGUUUCCUUUACCAGACUGUAAGUUCCACGAGGGCAGGGCCUCGUCUAUUUCAUUUAACACUACAUCCCCAGUAUAGAGCAAGAGCCCAUGAAAAUGUUUGUUGGAGAAAUGAAUGCGUGAUGGUGUCGCUGGACAGCUAUACCUGGAAAGAAAAAGAGGCACCCCCAGCAAACAAGUUGGGAGGUAAGAAGCCCGCUGGGAGAUGACAAGGGCGAGCUUCUUGCGAGGUCUCUGAAAUGACAAGACCGGAAGAAUGGAGUUGGAUCUCUGGGACAAGCGGGAGAGAGAAGCUGGACAGUCAGGCAAGCCUCGGGGAAUGACAGCUCCGCGGGGGACGCACUGGUAGGCGGUAGACGUAAGGGGGUCUGUGGGAAAGCAGACGGUGGGGCGGCGGCAUCACACAUACGCAAGCGCAGCCUCCGUUUCCUCCGGCGCGCCUGCGCUCGCGUUCACUAGGGGUUGAAGCGGAAAUGGCGCCGCGGGGCCGCGCGUCCAGGCAGCGAGCGGAAGUGGGUGUGAGAGCGGAAGUGGCCGGCUAGAGCCGGGGGCUGGGCGGGGACCGGGCUUGUCGGUGAAGCGGCAGUGGCGGCGGCGGCGGCGGCUCGGCAGGCGGGUUCAGGCUUCGGGGGCCAGCCGCCGCCAUGAUCCUGCUGGAGGUGAACAACCGCAUCAUCGAGGAGACGCUCGCGCUCAAGUUCGAGAACGCGGCCGCCGGAAACAAACCGGAAGCAGUAGAAGUAACAUUUGCAGAUUUCGAUGGGGUCCUCUAUCAUAUUUCAAAUCCUAAUGGAGACAAAACAAAAGUGAUGGUCAGUAUUUCUUUGAAAUUCUACAAGGAACUUCAGGCACAUGGUGCUGAUGAGUUAUUAAAGAGGGUGUACGGGAGUUUCUUGGUAAAUCCAGAAUCAGGAUACAAUGUCUCUUUGCUAUAUGACCUUGAAAAUCUUCCGGCAUCCAAGGAUUCCAUUGUGCAUCAAGCUGGCAUGUUGAAGCGAAAUUGUUUUGCCUCUGUCUUUGAAAAAUACUUCCAAUUCCAAGAAGAGGGCAAGGAAGGAGAGAACAGGGCAGUUAUCCAUUAUAGGGAUGAUGAGACCAUGUAUGUUGAGUCUAAAAAGGACAGAGUCACAGUAGUCUUCAGCACAGUGUUUAAGGAUGACGACGAUGUGGUCAUUGGAAAGGUGUUCAUGCAGGAGUUCAAAGAAGGACGCAGAGCCAGCCACACAGCCCCACAGGUCCUCUUUAGCCACAGGGAACCUCCUCUGGAGCUGAAAGACACGGACGCCGCUGUGGGUGACAACAUUGGCUACAUUACCUUUGUGCUGUUCCCUCGUCACACCAAUGCCAGUGCUCGAGACAACACCAUCAACCUGAUCCACACGUUCCGGGACUACCUGCACUACCACAUCAAGUGCUCUAAGGCCUAUAUUCACACACGUAUGCGGGCGAAAACGUCUGACUUCCUCAAGGUGCUCAACCGCGCACGCCCAGAUGCCGAGAAAAAAGAAAUGAAAACAAUCACGGGGAAGACGUUUUCAUCCCGCUAAUCUUGGGAAUAAGAGGAGGAAGCGGCUGGCAACUGAAGGCUGGAACACUUGCUACUGGAUAAUCGUAGCUUUUAAUGUUGCACCUCUUCAGGUUCUUAAGGGAUUCUCCGUUUUGGUUCCAUUUUGUACACGUUUGGAAAAUAAUCUGCAGAAACGAGCUGUGCUUGCAAAGACUUCAUAGUUCCCAAGAAUUAAAAAAAAAAAAAAAAAAAAGAAUUCCACUUGAUCAACUUAAUUCCUUUUCUUUAUCUUCCCUCCCUCACUUCCCUUUUCUCCCACCCUCUUUUCCAAGCUGUUUCGCUUUGCAAUAUAUUACUGGUAAUGAGUUGCAGGAUAAUGCAGUCUUAACUUGUUUUCUCCUAAGUAUUUGAGUUCAAAACUCCUGUAUCUAAAGAAAUAUGGUUGGGGUCAUUAAUAAAGAAAAUCUUUCUAUCUUA